CCCGCCCCGGCCGGACCCCGCGCCCGCCCGGGAUGAAGACCAAGUUCUGCCACGGGGGCGAGGCGGAGGCGCCGGCGCUCGGGCUGCUGCUGAGCUGCGGCGGCGACCCCGCGGCCCCCGCGCCCGGCCCCCCGCGCGACGCCGCCGGCGAGCGCGAGCCCAAGGCGCGAGCCCGGCCCCCCGCGCCCCCCGCAGACGCCGCCGCCGCCGCCGCCGCCGCCGAGCAGCCCGAGCCCCGCACGCGCCGCCGGGCCUAUCUGUGGUGCAAGGAGUUCCUGCCCGGCGCCUGGCGCGGCCUGCGCGAGGACCAGUUCCACAUCAGUGUCAUCAGGGGAGGCCUCAGCAACAUGCUGUUCCAGUGCUCCUUCCCCGACACCCUGGCCACGGUGGGCGACGAGCCGCGCAAGGUGCUGCUGCGACUGUACGGGGCCAUCCUGAAGAUGAGGUCCUUUAAUACGGAGGGAUCCGAACAAGCUCAGAAAGAAAGUGAAUGUCAAGGCGCCGAGGCCAUGGUGCUGGAGAGCGUGAUGUUCGCCAUUCUGGCCGAGAGGUCGCUCGGGCCGAAGCUCUACGGUAUCUUUCCCCAGGGCCGCCUGGAGCAGUUCAUUCCGAGUCGGCGCCUGGACACGGGCGAGCUGAGCCUGCCGGACAUUUCUGCAGAGAUAGCCGAGAAGAUGGCCACUUUCCACGGCAUGAAGAUGCCGUUCAACAAGGAGCCCCGGUGGCUUUUCGGAACCAUGGAGAAGUACCUGAGCCAGGUGCAGAGGGUCAAGUUCACCGGGGAAGCCAGAGCCCAGCAGCUCCACAGGCUGCUCGGGUACGACCUGCCUCGGGAGCUGGAGAGGCUGAGGUCCCUGCUCACAGCGACACCGUCUCCUGUUGUCUUCUGCCAUAACGACUGCCAGGAAGGUAACAUCCUGCUGCUGGAGGGCAGAGAGGAGGCCCCGAGGCAGAAGCUGAUGCUCAUCGACUUCGAGUACAGCAGCUACAACUACAGGGGGUUCGACAUCGGGAACCAUUUCUGCGAGUGGAUGUACGACUACAGCUGCGAGAAGUUCCCGUUCUUCAGAGCCAGCCCGCACCGGUACCCCAGCAGGGAGCAGCAGCUCCAUUUUAUUUCCAGUUACUUGACGACAUUCCACGAGGAGUUUGCAAACCUCAGCGAUGAAGAAAAGUCCCGCAUGGAGGAGGACAUGCUGGUGGAAGUCAACAGGUUUGCCCUGGCGUCGCAUUUCUUCUGGGGACUCUGGUCCAUCGUGCAGGCCAAGAUCUCAUCCAUCGAGUUUGGGUACAUGGACUACGCCCAGGCCCGCUUUGACGCCUAUUUCGAGCAGAAGAGGAAGCUGGGAGUGUGACCUGCAGGAACCCCACACCUCAGCCCUGGGCCGCGUGGGCGCGCCCCGCCCGCGCCUCCUCGUGCGCCCAUGCCCGGCCUGCGGGCAGCACGGAGGCCGGAUGUCUGACUACUGAGCACAGACGUGUCUGAGACGGAGGACUGUAUUAAAGUCGAGUCACAUUUCUGCCCUAUCUCCUGUAAGAUUCCGCUAGGACCCGGGCCCGCCUGCAUCGGGAAGCAGAAGUAUAGGAACUAGUGCAAUAGCUCCCGCCGGCCGCCUGCAGGGGGCGCUGUGAGCAGCCCUCGCCGCUGGCACCUCCUAGCGACCCACCCCCACCCCCCCACCCCCGUGGGCACGACGCUCCCCUGGCUCUGGGCGGGCAGGGCGCCAGAUGCCCGACGGACAUGCGGUUGCCACCCGCUCUGGCCGGCCCAGCCCCUCCGCCCCCACCUCUGCUCAGCCUGGAGCUGGGGGGCCCCAGCCGCCGUGGGGGACGCGGCCGCCGGCAGCACACCUGAGACCGCG